AUGGCUCAAUCCCCCACUUAUUUCUUCAAUGUGGAAGAGGUCAUCCUCGAGUUUAUGGAACAUUGCGAUAUUGCAUCCCUCGUAAAAUGGGCCCACAUCAGCUCCAAAUUUCAUCGGAUCGCACAAGGAAUCAUUCAUUCUAGACUACGCAAUAUUAUCGAGCCUUUUAUUCCCGACACACUCUAUCUUCAGUUUUUCACUCUUCUACACAAAACCAACAGUCUCAUUGCUGGGUCAGCCGCGUUAGCCAUCAUGACGCCCAAGCUGACCUGGAAGCCCUUCGAUCUUAAUAUCAUGAUCCCUCGAGGACGUGCUAUUCAGUGGCAGAAUUUUUUCGAACACCAUGGUUUCCAAGGUGGUAUUGUGAACAACCACACGAAUCACCCUCGAUACAGACAUAGGCAGAAGAUUUCCACCCGAGCUCUUUACAUCUAUCGUUCACAUACGAAGGGGGAAGUCGUUCUAAUCGAAAGCCGUGACUCACCCUUUUGGCCAAUAGUCACCUCGCAAGUUAUGUCGCAGAUGAAUGCGAUCUCCAGCAGUCAUAUCUAUUGUUUAUACCCUGAACUUACAGUGGGAGCACAAGCGUUCCAAGGCUACCAGGGCGAUCCCAACGAAGACCUGAUCUUUCCUAGUCCUUUGACUGCUGAGCGGUUUUCCUGUUUAUGGACGCAGGGCUUGACUUUGUAUGAGGAUGGUGGCGAUUUCGAUUGA